CUGCGAGCUGACGAGUUCGGCUGGUACUCCGAACUCCGAUGCGUGCAUCUCUUGGGGGCCGCUAAUAACAUCACCAGCGGGCUUUCGACCCAGCCUGCGCCGUAGGACCUAGGACUGGAUGGGGGCUGUGGACUCGGCGUGCAAGUGUGUGCCAAGUUUCACUACGUCUUCUAAUUCUGACUCAACCUUGUAUUGGGGAGCCAGGGGUGUGCGGCGCCGAGCACAGGAUUACGUCCUCUUCACGUUCCAACAUGUCUAACUACUUACUUAGUAUGUUGAUGGGUGCCACACACACUCUGUCAGGAAUAAUCCCAUUCCCAUGUCUGGUGAGACAUACAGAUUUAUAAAUAUGGACAGUCCCACCCUCCAAGCCUACCAUUUGUCUCUUGCUUGCCACCACUCAGUAUUACUUGAAGAAUCAAACACCACCAAGACUCACUCCAAGUCCAGCUUCUGCGCAUAUAUUAUAUCCGCGUUCCGGCUGAUCACAAGGUCCUUCACAAUUCUCACCUCACACACCACCACGGCCCUCAACCAACCUAUCCAAUCCAAAAUGCCUUCUCAGACGAGAGACUACGCUUCGUCGACCUACUCGGUCUCGACCACGUGCUCCUACGAAAAGCCGUCCCAAAAGUCCGCAAAGACAAAACGCUCUUUGAAGCAGAGGAUGAAGGACGCCGUCAAGGAUAUCGGCACAUCGCCAUUCGAACACGACGAGAGGGAAAAGCAGAGCUUCGCCUGGGCCGCGUCAAUGCCGCCUUCAAGGCUCUAAAUCAAGAAGGCCCUUGCCGAAUGGCGGUGACAUGCACCGCUUCUUUCGGCCGUCAAAUUCGAAAUACACCUUAGCAUGGCGUUUCUUGGACUGGAAUUUUCUUGAUUCCGCUGGCUCCAUGAAUGGAUUUCCAGCUUUUUCUUUAUUCAGCAGGACGUCGGCGCUGCUGGCGUCUUGUGUUGUCUAUGGGAGUUCUUGAUGGUACAUCCUCAGUUGUAGGGGACUAGGUCCCCGGGGGGGGGGCGGUUUAACAAAAGGGCCUGGAAGAUUUGGGAUUCUCCGUGGAAAGACGAAUUUUGUCGAGAACAAGAUUGAAGGUCGAUAUCUGGGUUGCUAUCGAAUGAUCUUAGAGAGAGGAUCGCGCACCCGCGCACUCAGAACAGUUGAAGUUUUGAUGCUUAAUUACAAUCGAAAAUUGGACAUUGAUGCUUCAGUUUCAGGGUUUCUUUUUUGGUAUGCAUAUGAGUAUCAAAAGACAUGAAUGAUUUAUUGGCACCUUGGGCUGGGCUGCCUGGCAGCAUGUACAUGAUCGAUCGAUGCUCGCUCCGAGUACCAACAUAUUCCUCCUGGUCGAGCCCGAGCUGCCUUUGUGCGAGUGACUACAAUACCUGACAAUGAGAUACGAGUUUAUGCUACAA